AUGGGGGCGCUGUCGAGCAUGAAGAAGGAUAUCCCCUAUAGCACGGACCUCGACCGGAGACUGCCCCAUACCUACCAGGAGUUCCUAAUGAGGGCACAGGGGUUCAUUAACGCCGAGGAGGCUAAGAAGGCCUUGAAGAGCAAGGCGCCGACCCCUGCCAAAGAGGAGAUGAGCCACCUCCAAGUCCUGGGUCGACCACCGCCGUUAAAGUCUGACCCAGUGCGGAGAAAUCAAAACAAGUACUGUCAGUUUCACGGCGAGAGUGUGCAUACUGCGGCUGAAUGCUACGACCUGAGGGACGAGGUCGACAGGUUGAUCCGGGAGGGGAGGCUCAGUGAGUACCGAGCCGACCGACGGAACAACAACAACAGGCACAACAACGACCGAUGGGAAGAGCAGAGGCACGACAACCCGCCCGAGCCGAUCGGCGUUAUAAGAACGAUCUUCGGGGGACCAUACCUCGGAGGCUCCUCCCGACGCGCACAGAAGGAGUACGCUCGGGAGGCAAAUGAAAAGUUCAGCCAGAGGAUUAUGAACGUCUCCGGACGCGAGGCUAAGGCAGCGCGAUACGAGGAGGCCGAAAUCACUUUCUCGGAGGCCGACGCGAAGGGGGUACAUUUCUCCCAGAGUGACGCCUUAGUCGUCGAGGCCAUGAUCCGUAACCAUACGGUUUGCCGUAUCCUGGUCGAUAACGGCAGCUCCGUGGACAUCUUGUACUUAGACUGCCUUGAUAAGAUAGGGAUCCCCCGCGUAAGGCUGUAA